UGCCUGGUUUCAGUUGCACGUUCGAGGCCAUAGGAGGGGGACGCGUGCAACUGUUUUCGAUAAUCGGCCGCGCGUUCCGUACGUGAAAAGCGGACAGUAUCCCGCCAGUCACGUCCGCGUAAAAACGGAUAUAUGCCCAGAAUAUUUAUUAAGUGGGUGGCUGUGCGUGACUUUUCCCCUGUGAAUAGCUAGCCUGGCAAAUGAUCACCACGAAAAUAGAACGGGUGUUUGUUUGAUGACUGGAAACGUUGGCGAUGUCAUGAAACGGCGCCCCGGCCCGGUGCGUCGUGACGUGCGAAGUUUCAGUGACAAAUCGGACUAAACAAAAAUAUUCGAUGUAAGUUUCCAGAACUGUGAAAAGCAUCACACUUAUUAUAAACAGCUGACUAUAAAAAAAAAAACAUAAAAUAGUGAUUGUGUUUAUUUUCUAACAUAAUUUGAAAAUGGAACUGUGACUAUAAAUAAUAAUCUGGAACGAACAGUUUUGAUCGUUCAUAACAUUCAAAAUGUCGUGUUCAAAAGCGCGGGAACUUUUGUGUGAAACUAUCACAUUAGACUAAAUUAAGUAAAAGUGGUUAAGUGACAAUGUUGCCGUAUCAAGCGGUAGCUAUGGACUACGCGGUGGCUUCCGCUGGUUUUCAUCAUCACCAACGGCCUGGCGGGCUACCUGGAGUGAUGGGCCUGCCGGGGCCGGGGCCGGGCCUCAAUCCAGGGCUAAACCCGGCUUUCACCCAUUCCUGGUUCGUACAGACAAGCCCGGAUAUCUGUCGGCAGCAACAAGCAUCCAACCAAUCGCAUCUCGAACCUGGUAUCCUCGAGCUUCGAAAAGAGAAGAGUCGGGACGCAGCUCGUUCAAGACGGGGAAAGGAGAACUAUGAGUUUUACGAAUUAGCGAAAAUGUUGCCGCUCCCUGCUGCUAUCACGAGCCAGUUGGACAAGGCGUCUAUCAUAAGGCUGACCAUAAGUUACCUCAAAUUAAGAGACUUCUCCGGACAUGGGGACCCGCCGUGGAGCCGCGACCCUCCACCUAGCAGUAAAGCCUUGAAAGGUGCUCAAAGCAGACGGACGGCAAUCGGUCUCGCUAUGGAACUGUUUGAGCAGCAUCAGGGCACACAUAUUCUCCAGUCUCUCGACGGGUUCGCGUUGUCAGUGGCGGCCGACGGGAGGUUCCUGUACAUAUCUGAAACUGUAUCUAUAUAUUUAGGAUUAUCACAAGUGGAGAUGACGGGUAGUAGUAUAUUCGAUUACGUGCACCAAGCUGAUCACGCGGAAAUCGCUGAACAACUGGGGCUCUCUUUAGCUGGAAGAUCAGGAGGUGCUGGACUAAAUAGUCCUGCGUCAGGCAGUGAAGAAGGUAGUCAACAUGGCACUAAUAACCCUGACGUCUCAUCACAAAUGAGUUUAGCAGCGAGUGGACAGUUGUACCGAGGAAUGGACCGAGCUUUCUGCGUGCGAAUGAAAAGUACUCUCACCAAACGUGGCUGCCACUUCAAAUCCUCAGGAUACAGGGUGGUGCUUAUGCUGUGUAGACUUCGACCACAAUACUCAUUCUCCCAUAGUCGGAAGUCACCAACAGUACUACUGGGGAUGGUGGCUCUGGCGAUAGCAUUACCACCGCCAUCAGUUCACGAAAUAAGACUGGAAUCAGACAUGUUCGUCACGAGGAUCAACUUCGAUUUCCGAAUAGCGCACUGCGAACCCAGCAGGGUAUCAGAAUUGCUCGGGUAUACUGCGGAAGAGCUCACGGGAAAGAAUCUCUACGCGCUCUGCCAUGGGGAAGAUGCCAACAAACUUAGGAAAUGCCAUGUAGAUUUAAUGAACAAAGGACAAGUAUUAACACACUACUACAGAAUAAUGAACAAGUUAGGUGGUUACACGUGGAUGCAAACGUGUGCCACCGUCGUCUGCUCCUCCAAGAAUGCUGAAGAGCAGAACAUUAUUUGCGUCAACUAUGUCAUCAGUGGUCGUGAAUAUCCAAAUACAGUAAUGGAUUGUUGUCAAUUAGAAGAAAGUGUGCAAGGUGUGAAGCGAGAAGAAACGACCGGAGAUCCCGAAAACGGUCCACCUGAUACAGAUAGUUCUGGGGCACCGCCCCCUCCACCCCGGCACCCUGCUGAGAGAACUGAACCACCAACAAACACUGACUCAGCAUCUACAGCGCCAGUCCCUACAUCUGAUGUCACACAUUUAACUAGACUGAACGAUUCUCAACCGUUACCUCUCCACACUAACCCAGAAAGGACAUCACCCAUGCCAGCAAGAAGACUGAAAAAACGGAAACACACAACUGAGGAGGACGAAGAAAGAGACGAAGAUAGACGAAAAUCUUCUUCCAAUCCUGGUGCAGCUAUAUCACCUGCUGAGCGGGAUAUGUCCAAAACAAAUUUAGCAAUUCCAGAGGGUACAACUGAUGCAACCUCAGUUAGAGAUUUAGAAAAUGCAAUGUCCAAACACUUACCAUCGGUUGCUUUAGAUGGUAAAGAAAUAUCGCAUCGACCAACCGACUUCUCAACGGAUGCCUUACUGAAACAGCAGCAACAAAAAUCAACUAUUCAAUGGAUAGGGACGCAGAAUCACCAUUUAAAUCACUUGAAUAGACAAUUACCUGGUAAUCACACUUCGACGCCAGCGUCAGCUUUACUAAGACAACUUUAUGCAAAUAGGGAAAGUGUUAUUCGUAGUAACUUUUUGGGGGACGGUAGAACCGGCGGCUAUUAUUCCGGAGAUGGUCAAACUGGGCCAUUACCGACGCCACCUGGCAGCGAAGGUUCAGGAUAUGGGGAACAAUUGGGGCAUAAAGGUACAGAUAUAAGUUCAUUAGCGUAUGGAGGAUACGCUGAUUACCAUUCAGCGAUGACUCCCCCAGGUUCCGUUUCGCCUAGGGACAAACAGCAAUAUGCAUUGUCUUACGAUAACAGCGCUUAUUCAGAGGCAUUAAGACACUCCUAUUUGGGAGAAGCGCCAUUGCCUUUGAAACCACAAGCAUAUUCAGCUGUCCCAGGCGCGUUGGAUUAUGCAUCUCCACUAGACCAGUCCCAAUUCUUCCACCCGCCAUCUUCAUUCCACCUUUAUCAUCCCCAAGCGCACACUGCGCAUGCGACACAUUCUCACCAAAAUGUAGAUAAAUCUAUACCACCUAAUACUAAUUGGUAUUCAGCAAGCUCAUAGCCAUGUACAUUAAAUUUGUGAAGUUAAAUGAUAUCGAGAAGACCAUUGACGUGGGAUGUGUUCAAUUGUUUGUUUCUAAUAUUUGUUCUAUAUUUGGGUUUUUAAACUGUUGUUAUGUUUAGCAUUUUUGUUAUAGUUGAAUUAACGUAACGUUCAUUUUUAUGAACUUCAUCAGAAAUUUUAGAAUUAUAAUGGAAGCUCUCAAAUUGGUUGUCUUAUUUGAUAAUAAAGCAAAGUGUAUACGGAAGAAAAAGACUAAACACUUUAAUACUCACGAGGUUCAACUUUUAAUAAACAUGGCAUUCAGGAAUCUGAUGUGCUUAUGUUUUUGAAACCAAUGAAUAUACUCUAUGAAUUAGCAAUUAUUGUGCCAAAACGGUGCUUAUGGCCCUGACAAAUGCAUUUUUAUUUAAUUUAAUACCGACCACGCAAACAUUCCAUAUUUUAAAUAUGAUUCUAAUAUGUCAUAAAAGACAAAUAUAUCCCUUAUUUAUAUAUCCAAAACAAUUGUUCUAAUAUUUUAAUUUACAUUGUCAUAUUUAAAAUAGAGUAUUCUAGAGUAAGUAUAAAAAAGUUUACAAUUUUAUUGCUCAAUUUUCAAUGUGGGGAGUCUUUGAGGUGAAAUAGUUUGUCUGAGUAUGAAUUCAUGUCUAAAUGAGACAAAUUCUAUGAUAUCAUUAUUCUGAAUUAAUGAAAAAAAAAAAGGAACCUGCUUUAUAAAGAAAGACUAUCCUUAUUAUGUAGGAUUUUUACUUAUUUAAUUGUUAUGAUCAAAUGCAAAGUUAUAAUUUAUUAAUAGUGGUACAUUGUUAAUAUGAUUUAGCGAAUAAUAUUAUUAAAAUAUGACAAAGUAAAUUAUUUUGAGUAAAAGAAGUAUUUGUGAGUGACCCCAUGAGCUAUUUAUAGCUUAUUGCAUAUCACUUUAAAUUAAGCUUUUGUAAAUUAUUGUAACAUAAAUAGUACCACGACUGUAUUUAGGUGAUAGAUAUAAACCGUAUUUCUGUAAAUUGUAGUUAGUAAGUAUUGUAUAUUAUUUUAUUAUUGGAAAUAAGAUUUCACUGUACAUAAGUAUACAAUUUACUAGAUUUCUAGGUUUAUUUAAUUGUUUUAUCAUACAAAGUGAAUUUAAUUUUUCAAUUAGAUAUGCUGUGGAUAGGUAUUCUGAAUUCUUCAUGCCUUAAACAUUUUAGAUUCCAUUACAAAUAAUUUGUAUACUACAUUAAUAUCCCAGUAAUACUACGGACUUACAUAAUUUACAAAUGUAUAUAAAACAUAUACUCCGAUAUUUAACUUAGACUGUUAUAUUUUGUAAAACAAGUUUACGUUUAAAUUUACAAAUAUUUCCUUUUAUAUUUUGUUACAUGACAAUUUAUUUAAAAAUAUUUUAAAUACUCAAUUGGAUGUUCAUUUUAUCUUAUAUGAAGCCAAAUGCAAUAUUAUUAUUUUGUUUUGUAUAAACGAAUUGUAAUUUUUAUAUUAAAACGAUUAGAUAUUACAUACAAAUAAUUAAUUGGUAAUAUUUAUGCUACAUUAUCUGUGCAAUACGAGUGGAAUGUUGUUCAUUUCGAUUUUAUAAGCUUCGUUAUCGUAUCGUAAAAUAAGAUAAUUAUCAUUAAAAUUGUAAUAAAAUGUAAUUAUUAUUAAAUCGGAAAUAAGCUUGUAAUUCAAUUGUCUGUUGUUUUCCAGUAUUUUUCUUAAACUUCAGCUCCAUGUAUUAUUUUUUUUUUUUUAGUUUGUAUUAUUGAACAAAAAACAAAGGAAAGUUUUAUUUCUCUGAAUAAAUAAUAAUUUUCAAUAAUAUUG